AUGGAGACGGGCGGCGCGGCGGCGGCGGCGGCGGCGAGGGAGUUGCGUUUCCUCAACCUGGGCUUUCCAUCCGAGGUUGGAGAUGGAGAGCUGGGCUCUUCGCGGGCCACUAUUGGAUUUUAUACCGGGCCGAAUCAAGAGGCCCAUUAUAAGCCCAUUUCCAAUUUGCCAACGCUUGGACGCCAUCCAUUUCCGUACUUGUCCGCUCCGCCUCCGUGCUUCCGGCUCCACCAGGGUUUAGCUAGGGUUCUACCACUCCAGUCCCCAACCCCCGACGCAGCCAUGGCCGGCGCCGCCGCCGCCGCCGCCGGAGAGGACGACGCGGCGUGGGAGCGCGCCAUCAACGCGUCCGUGAAGAACGCGCCCAACUCGCCCUUCUCCGCGCCCAAGACCCUAACCCUGGACGGCGCCGUCAAGUCCUCCACGGGCCGCCUGCCCUCGCCGGCGCUCUUCGACCGCUUCCCGUCCCUGGAGGAGCUCUCGGUGGCCGGCGCCCGCCUCUCCUCGCUCGCGGGCCUGCCGCGCCUCCCGGCGCUCCGCCGCCUCUCGCUCCCCGACAACCGCCUCUCGGGCGCCGACUCCCUCGCGGCCGUCGCGGGGUCCUGCGGCGGCACCAUCCGCCACCUCGACCUCGGCAACAACCGCUUCGCGCAGGUCGAGGAGCUCGCGCCGCUCGCGCCGCUCGCCGUCGAGGCGCUGGAUCUGUACCAGUGCCCUGUCACCAAGGUCAAGGGGUACAGGGAGAAAGUGUUUGCGCUGGUUCCUAGUUUGAAGUACCUCGAUGGCGUUGAUGCUGAGGGUAACGAUCGUUUGGAGACUGAUGAGGAUGAGGAUGACGAGGAGGAUGAGGAGGAUGACGAGGGUGAAGAGGGUGAAGAGGAAGAAGGAGAUGAAGAGGACGGGGACGAAGAGGAAGGAGAUGAAGAGGAUGGGGAGGAAGAGGAAGGAGAUGAAGAAGAAGAAGGUGAUGAGGCUGAAGAUGUAGAAGAUGAGGCUGAUGACAAUGAACCAGAUUCUGGGGGGGAUGACAAAAGCAAAGAAACCAACGGGAACAAAGAGUCUACAGGAUCUGCCCUGCCAAGCAAGAGGAAAAGGGAUAACGAAGAUGAUGGCAAUGAAGACAAAUAAUUUGCUUCCGGGAAUGCUUAUGGUUGGUUGUAGUUGCCACAUGCUUUUCCGGGGCUCCUUGCGGUGUAGAAGUCUUUGUAGUUCUGUUAGAAGA